AGAUCUACUUAAUUAGGUGUGGUUUAGGGUGGAGCUUAAUAAAAAUGGCGGGUCCUGUGAGAACUGUAAACCUGCCUUACUGUCCUGAAGUCGGGAAAUAUGAGAAACUGACUAAAGUAGGACAAGGGACUUUUGGUGAGGUUUUUAAGGCCAAAGACAGAAAAACGGGUCGACUUGUUGCGCUAAAGAAAGUUUGUAUGGAGAACGAGAAAGAAGGAUUUCCCAUGACUGCUCUGAGAGAGAUACGGAUACUUCAGUUGCUGCAGCACAACAAUAUCGUUAACCUUGUGGAAAUAUGUAGAUCAAAAGGUAAAAAC